AUGAAGGCCGUCGCCGCCAUUGCGCUCCUCUCCGUCGCCGCCGUGCAGGCCGCCUUCACCGAGACGGUCAACGGCGUGACAUACACCGUCACCCACCUCGACGCCGACGGCUCCGAGCUGCCCGUCGAGUUCGGCCCGACCAUCGACGCCACCUCGCGCGUCGCCCAGCGCGAGCAGCGCCGCAAGGCCCGCGCCGCCGGCGACAAGGAGAAGCGCACCCAGACCUUCAGCAACUGGUGCGGCGCCGCCAACCUCAACCCCCCCGGCGGUGUCUGGAACGAGGUCUCUGGCGGCUGGACCGUGCCGGAGAUCUCGCUCCGCUCCGGCCAGAGCGCCAACAACCAGCCGUCCCUCGUGCAGUGGAUCGGCAUCGACGGCGAUGGCUGCCAGUCGGGCGGUCUCAUCCAGGGCGGUUCCGGCUCUCAGAUUGACUCCAACGGCUACCAGGAGAACUACGCGUGGUUCGAGUUCGUCCCCGCCCCCCUCCGCACCUUCAACAUGAACGUCAACACGGGCGACCAAAUGUCCGGCCUCGUCACCGCCGACGGCUCGCGCUCCGGCAACGUCACCAUCAACAACGUCAGCACCGGCCAGUCGAUGCACUUUUACUUUUCCAACGGCGGCGCCGACCUCUGCGGCACCUCGGCCGAGUGGAUCCUCGAGGACCUCACGGGCCUGCCCUCGGGUAACCUCGAGCCCUUUGCCGACUUCCCCGACACCUACUUCACCGACUGCGAGGCGUCGACCACGGGCGGCCAGUCGGCCGGCCCUGGAAGCAACAAUGUCAACAUUGCCCAGAACGGCCGUGAGCUCUGCGCCGGCUCCAUCUCCGGCAACAACGUCUACGUCCACAGCACCUCUCACUAG